CAGCCCGCGGCGCAAGGCACCGAUGCUCUUCUAUUCCUUUUUCAAGUCCCUUGUGGGCAAGGAUGUGGUCGUGGAACUCAAGAAUGACCUGAGCAUCUGUGGAACCCUCCAUUCUGUGGAUCAGUAUCUCAACAUCAAACUGACUGACAUCAGUGUCACUGACCCUGAGAAAUACCCUCACAUGUUAUCAGUGAAGAACUGCUUCAUCAGGGGCUCAGUGGUUCGCUAUGUGCAGUUGCCAGCAGAUGAGGUGGACACACAGUUGCUACAGGAUGCAGCAAGGAAGGAGGCCCUGCAGCAGAAACAGUGAUGAUUCCUUCUCCCUCCCUCUUCUUCCAUUGAUGACCCUUAACCUCAUGUCCCAGCUCAGGAUACCUCCCUCGCCUUACUUGAGGUGUUGGUUUUGUUUUUGUUUUUCAUAGUGAAGGCUUUUUUUUUAAAGGAUAAGUGGAUGAGAGGAAUAAUAGUGGGCAGCUGCUGUCCUCUGUUAAGAAGGGGAGGAAAAGUAGGCUGGGGAACUUCGAAGCUUUCCCAGUCCCCAUCUCUUGCCUUUUUCGCUUCUCCUCUGGUGAUGGUGGGAGAAUCUCCCAGAUCUCUCCAGGGUAGCACGUGAUUCAUUUUGGGGAUGGAAGGAAUCUGUCCCGCAUCGGGAAUAAAAUUUAUGAUGCAAAAUCG